AUGUGUGGCAUCUUCUUCUCAGUGGGUGAUACGGAGCCUGCUUACCCGGAAGAAGACACGCUCUGCAACAUCAAGAACAGAGGGCCAGACAGCUAUCAAGCCCAUCAAGUCACCUUCUCCAGUCAAGGAAUCGGAGAACAAGAGUGCGGGAAACAUCUUACGUUCAUUUCCUCUGUUCUGUCCCUUCGAGGUGCUACUAUAGCAACCCAGCCCUUCAUUGAUCCCCCCAGCGAAUCCGUACUUUGCUGGAAUGGUGAAGCUUGGAAGCUAUCCAAUGAAGUGCUCGCUGGAAAUGAUACCUAUCGAAUAUUUCAGCUUUUCCUGGAGUCUAUAAAGCCUCCAAAUAAUGGCACGCUGCCAUGUACUCGUCAAGUACCAUUGGGUACCCUAGCACAGGCUAUAAGUACCAUUGCUGGUCCCUUUGCCUUCGUCUUCUACGACCGUCCAUGGUCUAGGAUUAUAUAUGGAAGGGAUUUCUUAGGCAGAAGAUCUCUCCUGCAAGGGCGCGACUACAAAGCGAAUUUUGUCAUAUCCAGUGUCUGUGCUGGUACUCCAUCCAACUGUUUCGAAGAAGUAUCAACUGACGGAAUUCAUGUCCUUGACCUUACCCGUGACGAUCCGCUUAGUGCGGUUGAAACUAUUCCAUGGCUUCAUGGAACUACCUCUCCAUCCAUCUACCUUAGUACUCCCAUCCCACCAAUGAACCAGCGCAUUCCAACAACCGAGACCAUCACUCCCCUGGUCAGGACAUUGUCUUCUGUAGUUGAGUUGGAGAAUCUACUUCGCCAAUCUGUCAAACUUCGUGUCCAAGGAAUCCCUAGAUUCCCAUCAUGUUCCCCAGGCGCCGCAAAAGUCGCUGUACUGUUCUCUGGCGGUCUUGAUUGCACUGUGCUGGCACGACUCGUACAUGAUUUGUUACCAGUGGACGAGCCCGUCGAUCUUUUAAACAUCGCAUUUGAAAACCCUCGAGUAGCAGCAGCUAGCCUCGCAAAAAAUGCCACUUUGAAUUCGGUUUACGAAGAAUGCCCUGACCGUAAAACCGGUCGAUCAUCACUGGCAGAACUAUGUCGGGUUUGUCCUACCAGGCAAUGGCGGUUUGUCUGCAUCAACAUACCGUAUUCAGAAACACUACAGCACAGAGAUACUAUCAGGCGGCUCAUGCGACCUCACAACACGGAGAUGGAUUUGUCAAUAGCAUGUGCACUGUAUUUCUCUGCACGCGGCAUCGGAGAAAUCGCAGGUAAGGAUGAUAACGAACCCCCAGUUUCAUAUGAAACCUCAGCGCGAGUGCUCCUUUCGGGCCUUGGUGCAGACGAGCUCUUCGCCGGCUACCAGCGACACGCCCUCGCAUUUGCACGCCAAGGUUUCAAGGGACUCAUCGACGAGAUUGACCUUGACGUGGGGCGCUUGGGGAAGAGAAACCUAGGCCGCGACGACCGAGUCAUAUCAAAUUGGGGCCGAGAAGCAAGAUAUCCUUAUCUCGACGAAGCUUUCAUGACAUGGGCUCUACAGCGGCCCGUGUGGGAAAAGUGCGGCUUUGGUAUUCCAAGCGAUGCUUCUGAGCAGGCUGGAAGCGAGAGAGACACUCAUACCGGGGAACCAGAGGACAUUGAACCGGGUAAGAAAGCUCUCCGCCUGGUGGCGUGGAACUUGGGCAUGAAGAACGUCGCACGAGAGAAAAAGAGAGCGAUCCAGUUCGGCUCUCGGACUGCCAAAAUGGAGAGUGGGAGAACGAAGGGAACGGGAGUCAUUUCAUAG